AGCUGGCCAUAAAGUAAUAAACUGUCCAUGCGGCACAUUUUCAGGGUGUCCGCGAACUUUUACGGCGAAUUUUCAAAUACUUUCACAAAGUACAGGUAUUCAACGAUGUCUGAUGCUAAGAAAGCCAAAAGACCAAUUGUGAUAGUCACAGGAAACAAAAAUAAGCUUGCAGAGUUCAAACAAAUUCUUGGAGAGGACUUCCCAUUUGAGGUAGAAAGUAAGGACAUCGAUCUCCCAGAAUAUCAAGGUGAGCCUGAGGAUGUUGCCCGUAGUAAAUGUGAGCUUGCCGCAGAACACAUCAAGGGUCCUUGCCUCACCGAAGACACCAGUCUCUGUUUUAACGCCCUCCAUGGACUUCCAGGCCCAUAUAUCAAAUGGUUCCUGAAAAAGCUUGGCCCAUCUGGUCUGUAUAAAAUGCUGGCAGGGUUUGAAGACAAGUCUGCAGAAGCUCUCUGCAUUUUCGCAUACUCCACUGGUGAACCAGGCAGUGAUAUCCAGCUGUUUAUUGGCAAAACCCCUGGUAAAAUAGUGGAUCCGAGGGGACCAACAGACUUUGGUUGGGAUCCAUGUUUUCAACCCAGCGGGUUUGAACAGACUUAUGCAGAAAUGAGCAAAGAACAAAAAAACUUGAUAUCUCACAGAGGCAAGGCAGUCCAAGCAUUGAAAGAUUUUUUCAUGAAAAAGAGUACUGCAGAAGAUGGGUGAAAUCAGUUAAAAGUCAUAACAGUGUUCAUAUGUGUUAAUGAAAAUUCAUUGUUUUAUACGGAAUGAUAUGUGUUCAUUAAAGCUCAAUGAUAUUUCAUGUAUUGAAACUUACUAUGAGUACAAGUAUAUAUACAAUUUAGAUCAUUUAUAUCCUUUUACUGAUGAAAAAUGUUGCAAAGGCAAUUUGCAUAUCUGUUUUCUUUUAAUAUUUCAGUAUAGCCUUCAAGACAUCAGAAUUGAUAGUUUGAAAUUGUUAUUUUUAACAAUUAAAAAAUCAGAAAUGCC